AUGGUUGAACGGCUCUUCAACGUCGCAAAGUACAUCAUGACAGACCAUAGAAAGCACAUACAUACGGCGGCGUCAUACUGUAUCACGCCGCCGUAUGUUGGCGGGUGGUGCCGCGGCGGCAGCGCCUUUGAGAUCAAGUGCCCAGUCGACUUUGCCCAGCUCAUGCUGCCCAAGUACUUGUGCAAGUCCGACGUGGUGUUGCUCAUCGCCCACGAGUCCCAGCGCAAGACACUGGUGUUCCGCCACCCCCACUUUAACCAUCACAAACCCCAUCUCAUGACUAAAAUCAAGCGGAAAACCAACUUCUCCGAGAUCUGCGACGACGUGACCAGCUUGGGCGAAGUCGACGCCUUGCGCGAUGAAGCGGCUGGCAUGAAGGCCGCGCUGAUCUCGCUGUCCAGCCAAAUAUCGCAAUUGGCGCAGCUACAGUAG